AUGAGAGUUCUGGGUAGUAAAGAUACAAAUGUGCGGUUAUCAACUGCUAAGAAAGGUUACAAAAUCGAAAAGGUUAAAUCCAAUGACAUCAAGAAAAAACUAGCUCGCAAGAGCUUUGAAGAUGUUGACAUCAAUUCCGCAAGCGAUCUGGACAAGGAAAAUAUUGGUGAUCCAUGGUUUGAGUUUCCCUCCGACGCUGAAAGUGUGACACACACUGUAGAACUCAAAACCCUGCCAUCCCCGAACCUACUGAGCAAGCAAGCCUUGGAGCAGGCUCAAUUUAAUUUGUGUGAAAGGGAAAUGGAGGCAACGCCAUGCAGCCAUCCGUUUUGUGAAAAGCUUAGAGCGGUGAAACUGUCGUUGCCGGAAUUUAGAAACCUGCUUCUAUUCGACUUCGAAAUGAUACCCAAACAGUUUCAGUCCGAUAUGAUCAAUUUGCGUAAUGGAUGCUACCGCCAAAAAGUGUACUGUGGACUGUGGUCAGACUGGAAACUUCCUCCCAAUGACAGUGAAAAAUCUGAACUUUAUCCAGACUUCCCAAAACAUCAGCUCUUUAUCGGGGAUUCUCUGCCUGCAAAGCUGAGUUCAGCCGUUGCUUCCUUCCCAAACAGCGACAGAGUGCGAAGUAGACGCCUUAUUAUGCCCCGAUCGCUACUAGCAAGAAGAAAUCAAGUUACUGAUUUUGAUGAGCCCUUCGACCCCAGUGAGUUGUUGAGAGACUCUUCUUCGCUUUCUUUGUCGACUGAUGAACAGCAAAUCGACACACAUCACUUUGAACAUAACAAAGAUGUGAGAAAUCGUCAUAGUCGACUUGCAUGUUUAUUAUCCAAAGAGCUACGAAAGAAUUGA